AUGAACACAUAUCUCCGGCCGACAAUGGAAUACGCGAUCCAAGCCUGGUCUCCAUGGCUGCAAAAGGAUACACAACUGCUAGAGCGUAUCUACCACCGCGCGACCAAGCUGGUCAUUGGCCUCCGAAACGUUCCCUACAGUGAAAGGCUACGUAAACUCGAUUUGUUUGAUUUAACUUAUCGGCGUAUACGAGGAGACCUCAUCCUGAUGUUCAAGAUAAUAAACACCCCUAAUCACCCUUUAAAACAUUUGUUCACAGUUAAUUUGGCCCGACAGACCCGACGGAAUCCAUUGGCCGUUGACAUUCCAUGUUCCCGCAUUAACUGUCGGCGCUACUUUUUUUCAGUCCGCGUAUCCCUCACGUGGAACAAACUACCAACAUCUGUUGUGGAUUGUGAACGGUUACCUGUAACCGCAGCCAACCACAUCAAAAAUCACAUGUGCAGCCGCAAAUCGGAUCGGCAUACCGCGAACCCCGGUCUGGAUAGCCGCUUGAUUGCCUGGUGCGCUCGGCCAAACCAGAAAAGUCAAGUGAACGUGCGAGCCAGCUACUCUGUUGAUCACUGUCGCGUGCAAGCGGUCAAGAGUGAUACUAAGAAUACAACCCAUCCGUUCAAGGGCGAGUGA